UGUGCAAAGCUUUUAUGCUUCUACCUCUUCUAUAGUGCCUAAAGUUAAGUACAAAUGUUUUGAUGUUGGGGCUUUGGCCUAAAAUGGAAAGUUACUUUGAAGAUGCAAUGUAGAUGUCUGUCAUUUUAGCUCACUUCUCUCUCUUAUUUUAUUAUAGUACAUAGUAAUAUCUGUUUUUGACUGUUUGAUAAUAUUUUUCCCAAACAUGUUGUCACUUAAUCUUCUGAAUUUAAUUGCCUUAUGUUUUAAAAUAAAUUUACUCAUUUAAAAUCACGUUAUAGGUGCUAGCAUACUUUCUGAUUAUCACUGGAUCUGUAGUAUCUAUUGCCCUUGUACCUUUCCAGCUAUUCAGCAUCUGAAGAAUGUACUGAGGCAUGUGACAGCUCUCUGAGAAUUGAAAGCUAAUGCAGCCUUGCUGCAUAGUGCCCAGUGAUAAUGCAGAACGGAUAGCUUGCAGGUGAUAUUUUGGUAGAUUACACUAUCUGCUGUGAGUAACUCCUAAAUCUUGGGUAGUGUUGGUACCUUUUCCAGUACCAUGGUGUGUAUACGUAACUUACAUUCACACUACUGAGAUGUAUGAACUUACAGUUCUGUUUGUACAGCUUAAUUCUGGAAGCCUGGAUUUUGUCCUAAUUUUGUAAUCAACUUGCUUAGAAAUAAAGAACUGUAUCCUUUUUCAUCCUUGGCAUUGAGCGUUUUAAAGCACAUCAUCGCUUUUUGAAUAAUUAAUUAUUUCCUUUAUCGCUUUAGGUAUUUCUGGGAAAAGCCAGCUUCUGUUUGCACUGGUCUUCACUACGCGUUAUCUGGACCUCUUCACUUCAUUCAUUUCAUUGUAUAACACAUCUAUGAAGCUUAUCUACAUUGCUUGCUCAUAUGCCACUGUGUAUCUGAUCUACAUGAAAUUUAAGGCCACCUAUGAUGGAAACCAUGAUACAUUCAGAGUGGAGUUUCUGAUAGUUCCUGUUGGUGGACUCUCAUUUCUUGUCAAUCAUGACUUCUCUCCUCUGGAGAUACUGUGGACCUUCUCCAUCUAUCUUGAAUCGGUUGCUAUUCUCCCUCAACUUUUUAUGAUCAGCAAAACUGGGGAAGCAGAGACCAUCACUACUCACUAUCUUUUCUUCUUGGGUCUGUACCGUGCCUUGUACUUAGUCAACUGGAUUUGGCGCUACUAUUUUGAGGGAUUUUUUGACCUCAUAGCUGUUGUUGCUGGUGUGGUCCAGACCGUUCUUUACUGUGACUUCUUCUAUUUGUAUGUUACAAAAGUACUCAAGGGAAAGAAGCUCAGUUUGCCAGCGUAAGUGCCAAAAAAAACAUCACCAGCAUCUGUCCUUUUGGAUGCUUGGACAGAACAAUCCUUAUCACAAGCAAAGGUGAAGAUGCUUGAGACAGAAAGUCAGAAACACAGCUCUUUAUAGCGCAGGUAGUCAUCAGCGGCUCUGUAAGAACGGAGGAAAAACAACCAGCAGAUUUCUGUUUGAUGCAUCUUGCCUUUAUCUUUUUUAUUACUAUGUA